GUAAGGAAAUAUCAUUACAUCCUCCAGAAAAACAGUUUCUAUUAGCCAAAGACCAGCUAACAGUAUAAACAUAGUUAUGUUAGCUUGGCCACAAAAAAACUUUGAUAAAUAAAAAAAACAAAAAAAAAAAUUGAAAAAAUUUGACACCAUAGGAGCUCAAGAAAUAAAUUAACCAGAACAAUCUUAAUGUUAGCCAAAAUUGACAAAGUAUUUAUCAAAAAAUAAAAAGUCUAGGAAUAAUUGUUAGCCAACGGACAGCUGUUGACCUUUGAACAUCUUAUUUAAAAAAAAAAAAGAUGGCAGAUCUGGAAGGCGUAUUUAAUUAAUUCAAAACCUUGGACCAGCCCUGGUGUGUGAUUUCCAUUGUGUUUAACUUGUGAUUUUUAUCGCUGAAGCUCUGCAGUUGCUGAUAGAUAAGCGUCACAAUGCUCCUCUGUCGGAUCAGAUUCUGCAGUAUAUUUGUUGUUUCUUCUUGAAGAGGGUUGUCGCACGCUUCAGAAAGUCGAUGAUGAACGUUGGAGCGACGACAAAAUUUGAAACAUGACAAUAAGCCGAUAAGCAGCAAAUGUUGGCCCUGUUACUUCUUCACCUCCCCCUCUUCACACUACGAUGAAACCCUGAUGCAACUUCCCCAUCAGUUUGCCCUCGUCAGUCACCAGGAUAAAAUACUUAAGAACAAUUUCUUCUUCAGAAUAGCACGCACAGAAGCAGUUUGAAUUUCUAGGUACUUUUUUUUUUUUACACACAAAGUUAGUGUGAGUGCACAUUGACGUAUUGUAUGUUGAUCGUUUUUGAAUGACCCGGUGAAGGCACGCGUAUACAUCAGAUCUCAAAAAAAAAAAACCCCACAUAAACACACAUGUAGUUUGUAGUCAAGGAAUGGAGACGUGUGCAGUGGAAUGGAGACGUGUGCAGUUUUCAGUGCGUGACAGAGGCUUUUCUUUGGUGGGUUGAACACUUCAUGUGGUAGAAGGAAGUUACUCAGGAGCUGAAAAUAGUUUGAGCUAAAGUGCAAAUACAGCUCACUCUUACACACACAAACGAACAGACCUUCAGCUGUGUGAGAUAAGGAUCAUUUCUGACUGAAUGAUGUCAGACAUCAUUCUGGAAGAGAGCUUUAUAAAACGAUCCCAGCAGAAGAAGAAGACGUCGCCGCUGAACUACAAGGAGAGAUGGUUUGUCUUGACCUCUGAGAAAAUCUCCUACUACGACUUUGAUCCAGACAAAGGGAAACGAAAAGGAUUGAGAGGCUUUGUUGACCUGGAGAAGAUUCGGUGUGUGGAGACGGUUCAGCCGGAGCCCAACUCACCAUCUGAACGCAACUACGCCUUUCAGAUCAUUUAUGAUGAAGGGCCGUUGUAUGUCUUUGCCAAAAAUGAAGAUGUUCGAGAUCAAUGGAUAAAGAAGCUUAAAGACAUGGUGCGCUUUAAUAAGGAUCUACUGCACAAGUUCCACCCUUGUUUCUGGGUCGACGGCGUGUGGCUGUGCUGUCAACAGGAAGUGAAACAGGCCAUGGGCUGCAAAGUGCUGGACAGAAGAAACGGUUUCCCAUCUAAACAAUCCCGACACAGAGUAUCCAGGAAGCCUCUUCCUCCGACCCCCGCAGAGGAGAAGUCCGUUCGGCCGCGGCCUGCCCAGCCUCAAGAGCCUGCAGCCACACCCGCGGAAGUGACGGUCAUCGCUCUGUAUGACUUCAAUCCCAGUAAAGAGGUGGACAUGGAGCUGAGGAAGGAUGAAGAGUACACCAUCCUGGAGAAGUCAGACCUCAACUGGUGGAGAGCCAGAGACAAACAUGGAAAAGAAGGUUACAUACCCAGUAAUUAUGUGGUCGAAGUUCAAAAUGGCCUGGAAAGAUUUAACUGGUAUUGUAAGAAUGUGAACCGCAGUCAGGCUGAGAAGCUGCUAAAGACUGAGAAUAAAGAUGGAGGCUUUUUGAUACGAGACUGCAGCAAAGCUGGGAAAUAUGCAGUGUCUUUGUUCAGUAAAGGUGGAGGAGAAACAGGUGGGAUUUGCAAGCAUUACAACAUUUGUACAACGUCACAGGGACAGUUCUAUCUGGCAGAGAAACAUCUGUUCAACACCAUACCAGAGCUGAUAAACUACCACCAACACAACUCUGCAGGUAUGUUGAGCAGACUGAAACACAUUGUCUCGAACAGAGCGUUGCCUCCAUCUACGGCUGGACUUGAAUAUGGUAUUUGGGAGAUCGACCCUCAUAACCUGACCUUCAUCAAAGAGCUCGGCGUGGGUCAGUUCGGAGUAGUGAAGUAUGGCAAGUGGCAGGGUAAACACGACGUGGCCAUCAAGAUGAUCAGAGAAGGAUCCAUGUCUGAAGAUGACUUCAUCGAGGAGGCAAAAACUAUGAUGAAGCUCUGCCAUAAGAACCUGGUCCAGCUGUACGGCGUCUGCACCAAACAGAGGCCCAUUUACAUCGUUACAGAGUAUCUGUCCAACGGCUGCCUGCUGACGUACCUGAGAGAGGGCCUGAAGCAGCACCCGACGGCCGUGCAGCUCCUAGAGAUGUGUAAAGACGUUUCGGAGGGAAUGUCUUACCUAGAGUCCCAGCAGUACAUCCACAGAGACCUGGCGGCAAGGAAUUGUUUAGUGGAUGAACAGGGCACCAUCAAAGUGACCGACUUUGGACUGUCCAGGUACGUCUUAGACGACGAGUACAUGAGCUCAGCAGGUUCCAAGUUCCCCGUCCGUUGGUCUCCUCCUGAGGUUCUGCUCUACUGCAAAUUUAGCAGCAAGUCCGACGUCUGGGCCUAUGGAGUUCUGAUGUGGGAAAUUUACACUCUGGGUAAACUGCCCUAUGAGCGACUAAACAACACAGAAAUCGUGGACCAUGUCACCAGAGGUGUGCGCCUCUACCGGCCCCAACCGGCCAAUGACAAGGUCUAUGGCAUAAUGUCGAGCUGUUGGACUGACAAACCAGAUGACAGACCCAACUUUCAGGAGCUGGUUACAACUGUUCAGGAUUUGCUGUAUGAGAUGCAGUAGCUCCUCAUAUAAACCCAAAUACAACUACUUCACUUGGGUUAUAUUAUAAUGUCAAUUUGUAAAAGUUUUUUGAAGCUCUGGCACAGAGUCAAGUCCUGGCUGCGGGAACUAUCUGUUACACCUGAAGAAAAGAAUAUACCCACAGCUUCACUGAGCUCUGCGUGAUGUGAAUAUAUACAGUAUAUACACUAUAAAUGUUUUUCUCACUAGUUUAAACGGACAGACACAGUCUUGUAGAUCAUCAAUGCUUUUCCUUUUUUCCUUUUUAUCUGUUUUUAUUAUGACGACGUGGAAAAAUGAGAUGUUUUGCACUAAUGAAAGCCAAGUACAGUGAGCAAUUAAUAAAAACAUAAAACAGAA